AUGUAUAGGAGAAAGAAAUAAUGUCGAAUAUGCAAUAAAGAACAUUAAUCUAGGCUAAAAGGAUUCCUAUCUUAUCCAAAGCACUUAUUAUUUGGAAAAUUACCAAAUUAUUUUAAAAGAUUAACUUAAAAGUUAAACGAAAAAUAAAUAUAGAUCGUUAACAUUUCAGAUAAUCAUAUAUGUUAUAUAAUUGAUUAUGAUAUAUGCGAUGGUUGCUGGUAAUUCAUGUAUUAAGGAUUUUAAUGUCGUAAAUGCAAUACAUUUAACUACAAUUACAAGCAAGAGAAGAAAUAAUGUUGCUUAUGUAACGCUCUCUAUUGCCAAAAAUGCGACAGGAGGGUUGAAUUAUUUUCCCAAAGUGGAUUGUGUUCAAUUUGCUAAAUGCGUCAUAUAGAGAAUAUAAAAUCGAUAAAGUAUUUGUUCUCUAUUUUUGUGAUUUGGAUGUUUCCUUGCUUUGCAUUUAAACACCUCUUUACUAAACUAAUUGAAACAUUUGAUAAAUUUUAGUAUACAAAUUUCUAAAAAAUGAUGUGUUUUUCAUCAUUUAUCUUAAUUUUUCCUUUGGUAUAUAGUAUAUGCGUAAUUGGGCUUACUAUUAUUUUAAUUCAAAGAUUAUUUAAUAAAUUGGCAACGUUAAUAUGA